UUUCAGCUGUGGAAUGAGGAAGAAGUAAGUCCAAAGUAGUGCAGCGUCUGUGCCCUAAUGACAGGAUGGAGGGAAGAAAGCUCUUUGUUGUGGAGACUAACAUUGUGAAAGCAGCAAAGCUACACGCUGGAUAUUCCUAAGUAUGGACACUGACAUGCAAAAAGCAUGUUUGUUCAGGAGCUUGUGCUGAAACAACGGGCAGAGAUACUGCAUGCACUGUGCAGCAGCGGGUCAGCUGAACAUCUGGAGCGGGUUCUUGACAUACUGCUGGCCCAGGAGGCGCUCAUAUGGGAGGACUACCAGAACAUACAGGUACCGGGUAGGGCACUAUAUACCAACGCCAGGCAGUUGCUUGAUCUGGUUUAUACAAAGGGUGUGGACUCGUGUGGGCUCCUCCUUGCUGCUCUCAAACAGGUCCUGCCUGAAGAGCAGGGAACUGGACUAUCAUUUUCAGGAUGGUGUUCAAAUCUAGAAGAAAAAGAAGAAUAUCAGAGCUCAUCUACUCAGACUCUCGUGACUCAAAGACCAAGCCUGGUCAGCAAGUUACAAGGCUGCAUUGAUGGUGCUCUAAAAACUCUUGUUGGAUCAGGACACUUCACCUCAGCAGAGUGUGAUGAAGUGCGACUACCUAUACACACCCCCUCUCAGCAGGCAAGACGUUUGCUUGACCAUGUCAGAUCCAAAGGAGAAUCAGCUGCAAAACUUCUACUGCAGUACAUUCAGCAAGAACAGGAAUCUGCACUGAACCAGGAGAAACUGACUCCUCCCAAAGAGUUCCUAAAGUAUCAGAAGAAGCUCAGCAGUUCUGUGUCUGCCCAGUCCUGCUUUCUCAGUACUUAUGGAGGGACCAGCCACAUGUCUCUGGAUGACAUAUACACUGAAGGCCAGCUGGAACUUGCUCAGGAGUGUGUUGAUUUCCAUGGACCUUUGGGCCUGGAGCACAUAGUUGGUACGGCGGGUAUGGUGAAUGAGGAGGCUGACACAGUGCUAGUUUCUGGGGAGGCAGGCAGUGGGAAGAGCACCAUACUCCAGAGGCUCCACUUGCUUUGGGCUAGGGGGGCAGCCCUCCAGGACUUCCUACUUCUGUUUCCAUUCAGCUGUCGCAGGUUGAACUCUGAGCAAAGGGAACUGUCUGUCCAAGAAUUGCUGUUUCAGCACUGCUGCUGGCCAGACAGGGAGCAGGAGGAGAUUUUCCAGUUCAUCCUGGACCACCCACAUCUCAUCCUCUUCACUUUUGAUGGCCUGGAUGAGCUCAAGCAGAGCUUCUCAGAUGAGCACAGGCUCUGCUGCCCCACACAGCGUGCACCUGUUCACAUACUACUGUUCAACUUAAUCCAAGGUUCUCUAAUGAAGGGAGUGCAGAAGGUGGUAACUAGUCGCCCAGAGGCAGUGGGCCCUUUGUUGAAGAAACACCUUCGCAAAGAGGUCCUCCUGAAAGGCUUUUCCCCUAGUGGGAUUGACUGUUUUGUGAGGAAACAUCACAGUGACUCCACUGUGGCAGCUAAGGUUUUGGAGUCGCUUCAGACAAACACUGCUUUACUUGGACUGUGUCAUAGUCCAGUCCUCUGCUGGAUUGUCUCUCAGUGCCAUACGGAGCUGCUAGGCUGUGGAGAGGGCAGCCCGCAAACAAUCACAGAUGUUUAUUUAAUGAUCUUACAGCACUUUUUACAGCACCAAAGACCACUGAAGAGCAGUAUGGGGCUAAACUGGAUUCAGGAGCACCUAAACACAAUCCUGCAUCUAGGGCAGCUUGCCUUUGAGGGAAUAGGGACCACCUGUUACAUCUUCUCAGGUACAGACCUGGAGACAUGUGGUGUAACUGAAAAGGAUAUCUGCAUGGGCUUUCUCAUUCAAAGCAAGGACAUGUCCUCCACCCACAGUAAACACUAUGAGUUCCUCCAUGUGACUGUGCAGUGUUUCUUUGCUGCUCUGUACAUUGUUUUGUCAAAUAACACAGACCGUGCAACCAUGGCAAAGCUCUUUGAGUUGAAGGACAUCAGUGGGACAGGUCUGAGCAGCACAUGCUUCGGGGUCUGCUUGCCUUCCACUGCCCAACAAGAACAGGUUUUAGAGGGGGAGCCUACAGCAGCUGAAACACCAAAUCUGCAAAUCACAGCCACCUUUGUGUCUGGACUACUGUCCCAGCGCCAUCGAAGCCUUUGGCUCCACUGCUGCCCCAAUGCUGUGAUGGAUAAGAGGGUCAGGCAGGUGGUGAGAUGCCUGUCCAAAGGCAUGCAGAAACACUUUAAGUCCAUUCCUCAACCUGUAGAGGGGGAGAAGAAGAGCAUGCAUGCAAUGCCAGGCUUCGUCUGGCUUAUCAAAUGCAUCUAUGAGAUGCAGGAGAGCAGGAUUGCUAAAGAUGCCAUGAGUAAACUGGAGGUGGACCACUUGAAGCUAACCUACUGUAACAUUGGUCCUGUAGAGUGCACUGCACUAGCCUAUGUGCUUCAGCAUUUAAGGAAUCCUGUAGGCCUGCAGCUGGACUUCAACUCUGUAGGCGAUGUUGGAGUGGAGCAGCUUCUUCCCUGCAUGCACAUUUGUAAUUCUCUGUACCUCAGGAAUAAUAACGUUACAGAUGAAGGGAUCCGCAAACUGAUUGCUAAAGGUAUCCAGUGUGACAACUUCCGGAAAAUUGCGCUCUUCAACAACAAGCUAACUGAUGCUUGCACCCAGCACUUUUCUCACCUUCUGAAGACCAAGCAGGAUUUCCUUGCUCUAAGGCUAGGCAACAAUAAUAUAACAGAAGAGGGAGCAAAGCAGCUGGCAGAGGGACUGAAAUGCAAUCAUUCACUGCAGUAUUUAGGGCUUUGGGGCAAUAAGAUAGGUGAUGCAGGAGCAGAGGCCCUUGCCAGAGCCCUAGAGAGCAGUCAAUCUCUGGUGUGGCUUAGCCUGGUAGGAAAUGGCGUAGGGAGUACAGGAGCAUGUGCCCUCGCCAACAUUAUCAAGAACAGUACGUCACUGGAGGAGCUUUGGUUAACAGAGAACUGCAUAACCAGAACAGGGGUGGAAUGUUUGAUUCAAGCCCUAGAACAUAACACGCAUGUGAAAUCAAUAUGGUUGAGAAACAAUGACCUCAGUUUGGAGGAAAUAGAGGAGAUGUCACAACGUGAAUCAAGACUAAUCUUUUGACUUUGUGUUAAGGUGGCUAAGGACUGUGUAUUGCUUCAAGAUCUGUUUCUAUUUAUUACAGAAAAUAUUUUACACUAAAAUGUGAAAUGUGUUAAAAGUGUAUCCUGGUUUCUGCUUAGAUGAUCAAAAUGCUACUUUUCAAUGUUUAUCCAAAUACACACAAUAUAUCAUCAUGGGUGUCUUCUGUGGUGUAGGUAGUGGUAAGAUCACAUAAUAGCAUACCACCACAACUACUACUGUAUUACUACUAGUACUAUAACUACUAAUAAAAAUGAUACAGUUCGAAACAAGAACCUUGUCUCUACUG